AUGUGCGUCAUGACCACCCUCGUAGUAAUGUUCGCCCUGGUCGUGCUGCUCCAGACCCGCAUGACAGACAACUCCUCCUUCCAUGACCUCAUGCUGCUCAAGGGCGUUACGGCCCGGAAGCGAGGCGGCAAGUUCGACAUCUUGGAGGCGGACAACGCCGCCCGAGGGGACUCGGCGGCCACCGACCACGCUGCCGAUGGCUCUAACGGCAGCCAGUUAGGCCUGGCCCACGGCAUGCUACCGCGACGUAUCUUCGAUAAGAAAGAGGCAGCUGCCAAAGACUCCGUGGCUCAAAUAGUGCGCGAUGAUUCCUGGUCGGCGACCACAUCCACGCAGGCGUCGGAGUAUCCGGCACCCCGUUCCAUGUGCAUGGUACACCACAAUCGAGACCAGCCGGCGGGCCGACGGCGUACGUGCAACUCCACGACGCUGCUGGCCACCGAGCUGCCCACAGAGCUUUGCACGGACCUCGUCUACUGCUGCCUCGGCCUGGACCCCUUGUUCAACGUAAGCGGAAGCCCGGAGAUGCUGCGGUUCCUGGGCGACCUCCCGCCGAGGACGUACUCGACCCGCUUCUGGCUGGCCCUCGGGGACGACGAUCUGUCCAACGGCAAGUUCUCAGUUGCCUGCCGGGACGAGAAGUCAGCCCUGAUGCUGGCCAUGAACGUGCUUAGCUUGCUCAAGACCUACGAUCUCCAGGGGGUAUUCCUGUACUGGACCUACCCUUCAGUGCAGGAGUCCCAGCUUCACGUCAAACUGCUGAGGCUCAUGAAGGAGCUGUACAGGCUGACGGGAAAACUGGUGGGCACCGUGGUACCCUUUGAGCAGCAGCUGCGAGAGCGGUUCGACAUGCCAGCGCUGGUGGCGCUCCUGGCACCCUAUUCUAUCCUGGUUAUGCCGCCCGUCACGGCGUCUCAGCAGCCGUCCUUUUCUAAGACCUUCUCUCCCUUCACGCCCGACUUGCUGUUCAAGUACCCGCGCGUGCUCUGGGAGACCAGGGACAACGUGCUGCGACGCGACGGCAGGUACCACCUGUGCUACAUGACCUCUCUGGCCGGCUGGUCCUUCGCCAUGCCCAUCAACGGCACCGGAAACAUGGCGCUCGGUCCGGGGAGGCCUUUUCCGGGCUCGAACCGGGCCGGGAGGUUUUCGCUGGACGACGUGUGCCAUGCCGGAUAUGACGUGGUGGGCGACACCAAGUACGGAGUGACUGCCGUCGAUGGGUCCCUCCUGAUGGCAUACACCGACCCCAAGACGUAUGAAAGGGUUCUGGCAGCGUUGUCCAACGCGACCCUUCACGCGGGUUGCCUAGGCGUCUGGGACCUGACAUGGGACGACUAUUGCGGAGCUUGUGGCCUGGGAAGGUUUCCCCUCACCGGGGUCCUGUACAGUGCCCUCUUUGCGUCUGACGCGACCUCGGGUGUGCCAUAG